AGUUUGUUGAGUUAUGCUGCUCAAACAAUUACAAUGACAUAUAUUGUCAUAGUUUCUUGAUGAAAAUACUAUUUGGAUUCAAAUAUCAAGAAUUAAGUCCGUCCACCCCCUCCUCUCUCUCUCUCUCUCUCUCUCUCUCUCUCUCUCUCUCUCUCUCUCUCUCUCUAUUUCUCUCUCUCUCCUCUCAUACAAGUGUUCCCUUCCAAGCCUUUCCACCAGUGCGCACCACAGCAUCCCUUCCAUUCACAGCUCCCGGUGCCCGAAAAGGAGGAAGUGAAAGCCUGGAGACGCGUUCGAGGACAUUUGGGACAUUUUCGGGCCAGUCGUGGAGUACAGCCUUUCGGAGGUUUCCGAGUGCGCCAUGGCCUCCAAGGAGACCACAGCCUUGGCUUUUGCCAGCGUCAGCAGGGAAAUCACAGAGAGCAUCAGGAAGGUGCUGGACAAGCAGGCCAUUAAGUUUGUGCGAGCCAUCAAACAGGACGCCAGGAGCGGUAAAUCAGAAGACCGGAUUCUGGUCCUGGCAACAUGGAGACUGUAUCUCUUCGCCGUCAAAGUGCCCACCAAGGUGGAAGUCACGUUCAACUUCCUGGAAAUCCGUGCAAUGAACACGUAUCAAGAGCAUCAGGUCGUCAUCGAUACAGACAAGACCACCUAUUCGCUGAGACUGGAGACCCAGGACCAUUUGGACAACAUGGUCGGUCACAUCAACCACGCCCUCUCCAGAGUCUUCAACAACUCCAUUUAUGCUCCGCCAAUUUGUCGAGCAGAAGGUGACACCAGUGAUGGAAUUCACCAGUUUUCACCAAUGUCGGAAUCAGCGUUGGACCCCCAGAAGACCUGUGGGGGAUUUUCUGAGACGUACGCAGCUCUUUGUGACUACAAUGGCAUUGGGUGCAAAGAAGAAGUGCAGUGGGAUGUUGACACCAUCUACCACUCCCAGGACAACCGAGAAUUCAAUUUAAUGGAUUUCAGCCAUCUUGACAGCAGGGACCUGGCUGUGAUUGUGGCAUCCAUCGCGUACAACACCUGGUUCACCAAACUGUACUGCAAAGACAUGCGCAUUGGAUCAGAGGUGGUGGACCAGGUUCUUCACGCAGUCAGCAAGUCCAACAGUCUGGAAGAACUCACUUUGGAAAAUGCUGGACUGAAGUCGGAUUUUCCCCAGAAAAUGGCAUCCGCCCUCUCAGAGAACCCAGCCUCCAUGAUUCACUCUCUCAACCUGGCUCACAACACGCUCGACAACCAAGGAGUCGCCAACCUGAUCCAACAAGUGUGUCGGCUCAACAAGGGCCUCCGCCUCCUGAAUCUCUCCAAGACCUCCUUGUCCUCCAAGGGUGUGGUGUCUCUCUCCCAGGCGUUGUGCUCAAGUGAUGAUUACUCCAACUCUCUGCUACACUUGGACUUGAGUAAAAACCCCGGGGUUCUCUCAGGAGAGGAUGCCACAAAUCUCUACCUGUUCCUUGCCCAGCCUAACUGUCUGGUCCAUUUGGACUUGUCUGGAACGGACUGCACAGUGGACUCGUUGUUUGGAGCGUUGCUUCGAGGUUGCUGUGCCGACCUUUCCUAUCUGAACCUAUCCAAGAACUGCUUCUCGCACAGGAAAGCCAGAGAUUCACUGCCAACUUUCCGCCAGUUCUUCAGCUCUGCAUUUAGCCUGACUCAUGUCAGCCUGGCGUCCACGAAGGUUCCGCCUGAUUGGCUGAGGGCUCUCUUCUUAGGCCUGUCCAACAACCCUCACAUCGCAGAUUUGCAACUGGACAUCAGCGGCUGCGAGUUGAGGUCUGCAGGUGCCGGUGUUAUCCAGGAACUUUUUCCAAGAGUUUCUUGUGUCGGGACUUUAGAUAUCUCCGAUAAUGGCUUAGAUUCCGACUUGCUCGCCGUCAUCCCCGCGUUCUCGAGACACCCCUCCCUCAAACACCUGAUGCUGGGGAAGAACUUCAACAUCAAGGGCAGGGCGCUGGAUGAAAUACUGCAGAAACUGGUUCAUUUGGUGCAAGAGGAAGAGUGUGUUUUGCAGUCCCUGUCCUUGGCUGACUCGCGGCUCCGCCAGAGGGGCACCGUGCUGGUCAACGCCCUGGGUUCCAACACAUGCCUACGGAAGGUGGACCUGAGCGGCAAUGGUCUGGAGGAUUCUGGCGCCAAGAUGCUCAGCAAAGCCUUGCAAAUUAACACCACGCUCAGGAGCGUUACAUGGGAUCGCAACAACACCACGGCGACAGGGUUCCAGGAUGUGGCAAGAGCGUUGGAGCACAACUUUACACUGCAGUACAUGCCCCUGCCCCUCAGUGACGUCUCUCAGGCGUACCGCAGCGCCCCAGAGAAGACGGACCAAGCUCUGACCAAGAUCCAGCGUGCCCUGCUGAGAAACAACCAAACGCAGCGUUUCUCUCAGAAGCAGGCCCUCAGGCUGCACCAGGGUUUGGUUACCAGCACUGCUGAACAGGUGAUGGAGCGUUUGUGUGUACGGGUGCAGCACCAGGUUUGUGUCCUGAAAGGCUCUGAGGAUUCAGAGGAAGUCCAGACAGCCAGGCAGAUCCUGAAGGAAGCCAGGAACUCCAGGGCUCUGUAUCCGUCCUUGUGUGAGUUGGCCCACGUGCUGUCGGUGGACGGCCCCAUCCGACAACGACUGGACACUUUGGUGGGGGAGCUGGCAAAGGCUGCCGACAAAGAACUGCAGGUGGUGGUGGACUCCAUGGUGUCCCUGUGCCGGGAGUUGUGUCCCAUGUCCUGUUCAGCUGCGGAGAGACUCAGCCCGUCUCUUUCGUCCAUUUCUGAGCAGGUUUUGAUCCCUCGCGCAGCCAUUCGCAACGCCCUCAUGGAAAGAGCGUCAGAGGAUAUUAACAGAGCCCUCGAGGAAGUGAAGUUGUCCGUGGUUUCGUAUUUAACCAACUCCAUUGUGGAUCAGAUUCUGCAGGAACUCUACACCACACAUAAAACACUGCUGCGGCAGGUGUCUCAGACAAAGCGCUGGGACGAUGCUGGGACGGGAAGACAUACGAUCAGACAAUCCAGGAUCAUGGAGUCUCUGGAAUUCAAUGAUGAAGAUGUGGGUGUCACCCUGGGAAUAGACACCAUGGCUAUCAAGAAGCGGAGCUCCAGAACCAGAAGAAUCCGCCCUGUCUCCACCAGGCCAAGUUUCGGAGAUGAGCCCAAUUCUUCCCCCAUCCCUUCUGCUCCUCCACCCUCUGCCCAUCUUCCCCACUCCGCAUCGUGGGAAUGUCUGUCCACCCUUCCCACCAAUGGCUCGCCCUUACGCCACGUGACCCACGUAAGGCCCCGCCCACCGCGGAGACACAGAACAGGGCACCUUCCCCCAGAAUUUCCUUGCUCUGAGAAUGGAGGAGUCAGUGUACUGGAGGAUGGACUGCCAGAUUUCUACAGCAAGAGAGUCCUUCCUGACAGUCAGCUGUCAGCCAUCCAUCAGGCCCAGUCUUUGAGGAGGAAAAAGAGACGCAGCGUGUUGUCCAUUUUUUCCGGUUUCCGUAGGAACCGCAAUUCCACCAUAUCCAACCAGGAGUUAGACAGCACCUCAGAGAACGUCUACUCGAUGAUUCAGCACCCAAAGGACGCGGGGAGGACAGAUAAUACCAUGCAUGGCGCAAACGGGGCCAUGCCCUCGCCUGGGGUCGGACAGGGUGCUCCCGUGCAAGGCCUCAGGCCAACCAGCCCCUCCUGCCUCAUCCAGCGACAGUCCACCGAUCUGGUUAGCAUGGUGUACAGCUGCAUAGGUGCCGACAUUGAGGAAUCUGACACCAGCAGCACCUCUGACCUCAAAGCGAUGGAUCAAGACACCGACAGGUCAACCGGCACCUUGGAGAUCCCGGCAGACAACGGACGCGUGGCGUCCUCCAAGCAGCUGGCGGAGACAGGCAGGCAGGAGAGAAUCGUACCGCUGACUGGCCUACAAAGCGACAUGGAGGAGGACACACAGGCUGGCGAUAAAGGCGGAAGCGGAGCUGCUUGUGGACCCAGGCCAGAUCCUCCGCCUCAGUGCACCAAGCCCAGCCUUGCUGCUAUGCGGCAGAGACACCUGCAGGAGAGUUUAGAGGCAGGAAGACUUGAAGCGGAAGAAGAACAGAAUGAAAGAAAACGUGAGGGGAAAGAAAAAGCACGAGGACCAGAAGGGCAGCGUCCUCUCAUUCCGGUGAAGCCCAGUCUGGACCUCUCAAGAGACAAAACCUCCCCGGAAAACGCCAAGAUCUCUCCCAAAAUCUCACCUGUCAGUCAUGACGUUGUCACCAAUGAGAAGAGCCUGUCGGUAUCUGCCAAGCCUGAAAAGGAUUCAAGCACCGACCCUGCUCUUAGUGAAGAUAAGAAUGAAGAUCGGAAUGGAUUCCCGGAUGUGUCACGAGGCAGCACAAGGAAGUCCAACUCGUUUGACACAGGCAUGGAGCGGGGAAGUCACAACGAUCUGGAAAGGUUUUCAGAUCCUAGAUUCCCUGUGAGAAAACCUUAUUUCCCCCGACACAGAAACAGAUCUCUGGACUACCCCGCUGGGACCAGGUGCUAUGAGGGUCCCCACCUUGGUAACAAAGAUGCUUUAUGACAUUAACGUUGUCCGGCUGAGGUUUGCAUGGAAAACAAGACCGGAAAACCGGAAGACUGGCGCUGCCCAACACCCUGGAGUCCAUGAUUUUUUUUAAUAAUUACUUUUUAAAUUAACGUAAAGACUUGUGAGUGUGCUUUUAUUGUGUCUAUUUCUUUUUCAUGUUAAAGUGAUUGAUUGCAUUCGUUAGAGGGAAUUUUACAAAAGCACUUUUCAUACAGUUCUAGUUCCACGUUUGUCCCCGCUAGUUGUUUGAUGCCCUGAAGCUAAAUAAUUUCAAAAAGAGAAUUUCCCGUCUCCUGCCUGUCGUUGACUGACAAUCUGCUAAAAGCUACAUUUGUACGUGUAUUUAUUCCAAUGGAGAUGCACACGAUGGACGUAAAACUGCACUAACCGUUGUGGUACAUGUACAAUCAGGAUCAUUUUUAUCAUGUAUCCAUCGCUAUGCAUUAUUGUAUGCGUUUUAUGGAGAACUGUGUCGUAACGCGCUUAGCUGUUCCAUCUCUAUUAGCUAUUUAUGAUCACUUAUGGUUUUAAUCUCAUUUUACAGGGAGGAAAAUGAUUCUAUUUUUUGAAA